AUGAAGGCCAACUACAAGUUUUCCAACAUAUGUGGAACGGUCUAUAGACAAGGCAAUAUACUGUUUACUCGCGAUGGCAACUCAUUAUAUAGUCCUGUUGGAAAUCGAGUUUCGGUCUUCGACCUUGUAAAUAACAAGUCGUUCACUUUUGCGUUUGAAAACAGAAAGAAUAUUGCUGCUAUUGCGUUGAGUCCGGAUGGAAAUGUUCUCAUAUCAGUGGACGAAGACGGACGCGCCUUGCUUGUGAAUGCUCGCAGAGGUGUUGUCCUUCAUCAUUUCAAUUUCCACAAAUCGGUCAAAGACAUUCAAUUUUCGCCCGACGGACAAUACAUUGCUGUGACCCAUGGUGCUCAUAUUCAAGUGUGGAGAACGCCCAACCAUCUUUUGCGCGAGUUUGCGCCUUUCACCUUGCAUAGAACAUACACGGGACAUCAUGAUGAUGUUUUGAGUAUCCAAUGGUCUCCAGACUCGCAAUGUUUCAUUACCACAUCGAGGGAUAUGACUGCCCGACUUUUCACCCUAAAUCCACUAGAGGGAUUCCGUCCAAAGACUUUUGCUGGCCACAAAGAUGCAGUGAUAGGAGCAUACUUUUCAGCUGAUGGCAAUGCGAUCUAUACCGUAAGCAGAGACGGAGCAGUUUUCACUUGGAAGGCGAAAGAAACUUCGGACGACGAAAACUCAGACACCGAAGACACACCGGUUGCCUCAACAUCAAACGGCAUUUCUCGCGAUCUGCUCAAUCGAAUUGCUAACACGAGAUGGGGUGUACAUAAGCGCAAUUAUUUCAGCCAACCUGGUACGAGAGUCGUAUGCUCCACCUUCCAUGCUGCUUCCAAUCUUCUCGUUGUCGGAUUUUCGACGGGUAUCUUUGGGCUAUGGGAGAUGCCUUCCUUUUCGAACAUUCAUACGCUGAGCAUAUCGCAAGAAAAGAUAUCUUCGGUCGCUAUCAGCCCGUCAGGAGAAUGGUUGGCCUUCGGCGCUCGUAAAUUGGGACAGCUACUCGUUUGGGAAUGGCAGUCCGAAUCGUAUGUCCUGAAACAGCAAGGCCAUUACUACGACAUGAACACUCUCGCCUACGCGCCGGACGGCCAGACGAUAGCAACUGGAGGCGACGAUGGCAAAGUAAAAGUGUGGUCGACAUAUUCGGGAUUUUGUUUUGUCACUUUCACCGAACAUAGUGCUCCCAUCUCCUCCGUCGCGUUCGCCAAACAGGGCAGUGUGCUUUUUUCAGCCUCCCUAGACGGCACUGUGCGAGCAUAUGAUCUCAUCCGAUACCGUAAUUUCCGAACUUUUACCUCGCCUUCACCAGUUCAGUUCUCCUGCCUGGCAGUCGAUCCAUCCGGAGAAGUGGUCGCGGCUGGUUCGACAGAUUCCUUCGAAGUGUUUCUGUGGUCCGUCCAGACGGGCAAGCUGCUUGAUGUGAUGGCAGGUCAUACCGGUCCUGUCAGCUCUCUUGCCUUUUCGCCUACAGGCGCCAACCAACUGGCCAGUGUAUCCUGGGACAAGACUAUGCGUGUUUGGAAUAUCUUUGGCCGUUCUGGUGCUGUGGAGCCUUUUUCAUUAAAUUCCGAUUGUCUGGCUCUUGCUUUCCGACCAGAUGGCAGGGAAGUUGCCGUAUCAACUCUAGAUGGUCAAAUCACAUUCUUUGAUAUCCAAGAUAGCAAGCAAACCAACGUCAUCGAUGGUAGGAAAGAUGUAUCGGGUGGACGAAAGUUGGAUGACCGAGUUUCGGCUGCGAACAAUGCAUCGGGAAAGUCAUAUAAUAGCUUGGCCUAUACUGCAGACGGUCGUUGUCUUCUUGCUGGAGGAAACAGCAAAUAUGUUGUCCUAUACGACGUACGAGAAGGAGAAGGCGUUAUGGUUAAGAAAUUCCAGAUCUCAGAGAAUCUGUCACUGGACGGAACACAGGAGUUCCUGGACAGCAGGCGGAUUAACGAUGCGGGGAUUAAUGUCGAUCUUAUUGAUAAUAGGGAUGGGAGUGAUCUUGAAGAUAGACUAGACACGAGUUUGCCAGGGGCUAGCCGUGGUGCAGGUGACAUGUCAAUUCGUCGGUUCCGCCAAGAAGCGCGCACGAAGUGCGUACGAUUCUCUCCAACUGGGCGCGCUUGGGCAGCAGCUUCAACGGAAGGACUCCUUAUCUAUUCACUUGAUGAAUCUGUAACCUUCGAUCCUUUCGACCUGACCAUUGAUUUGACCCCGCAAUCCGUUCUCCGCGUACUGGGCGACCACGAAUAUCUCAAGGCCCUUGUUAUGGCUUUCCGCCUCACUGAAAAACCCCUUAUCCAACGGGUGUACGAAUCAAUACCACGUGCAGACAUUCGCUUGAUUGCUCGCCAACUCCCAGUGAUAUACGUUCCUCUUCUUCUCAGGUUUGUGGGAGAGCAUCUCGAUAAAAGCCCACACAUCGAAUUUGAUCUUGUGUGGGUCAACACUCUUCUUAUGACACACGGACGCCUGCUUCGUGAUCGCUCUGGGGAGUUCGCUAGUGUCUUCAGAGUCCUCCAGAAGGGGUUGGGUGAUUUUGAACAAUCUAUAUCAAAAUUGUGCGAGGAGAACACGUCCACGCUUUCAUACCUAAUUGACCAGGUCAAGGUCAACCAAGAAAAGGAUGACGAGAUAAUCUCGGCGCCAUCGUCGUAA